AUGAGAUAUCAAUCAUUUGUCGUCUCCUCUUUUUCAGUGCAGGCCGCGCUAGCGGCGCUGAAUGAGCCCUGCUAUGGCUCCGGUGGUAGAGCCGGUGUUUGCGUAACUACAAGUUCCUGCUCCUCGAACGGAGGCACAACUGUUGACGGCGCUUGUCCCGCCGAUGCUUCCAACAUCAAGUGCUGCACCAAAGCUUCCUGCGGAAGUGGGGGCAAUUGUCGUUGGACAAGCGACUGCUCAGGAACAUCUGCUUCCAACCAGUGUCCAGGUCCUAGUGGCUUCAAGUGCUGCUCUUCCACUGCCACCGGAUUCGGCGUCUACGAUGAUCCAACCAUUCCAUCUGUUGGUGCCUGUAAACAGGUUGCAGUCAGCGGCGCAAAGAAGAUUGUCGCAGCGUUUCCUGGGAGGGUCAGGCAAAUCUACUGCACUCGCGACUGCACAUGCCCUGGCGACUCGGAUCAUUGCUGCGGCAAAGCGACAGAUAUGAUGUGCUCUGAUGCUGGUGGUGUCCCCACUAUCUCAGGCAAGGAGAUUGCCGAGUGGGUUAUGAAUAACCGAGCAACGCUCGACCUUAAGUACGUUAUCUGGGGCCAGAAGAUCUGGAAUCCUUCUCAGGACUCGGUCAAGUCUUGGUCUAGCUGGCGAAGUAUGGAUGAUCGCGGAGACUUUACUGCGAAUCACUGGGACCAUGUUCACGUGAGCUAUAACUAA